GUCUGUGAUUGUGAACGAACAAAAGAAUUGUCACGAUAUGCAUAUCUAUUGGAUCUCUCUUCUGCCGCUGUUAUUCUAUUCUUUCGUCAACAUCGUGCCCGUGUCCGCCACGCAUCCAUAGAAGGUGUUGCUCUCGUCGUUCCACUCACUCUUAUGCAAGAUCCUUUCUGGCCGCAGUGUGAAACGCAAACGUCGAGGUCGACCCCCUACAUUUUUAAGUAUUCCAUUAGUUACUUUUCAGUCUAACAUCGAUUUUCAUUUUGCUCAGGAACAGGAUUAUUUUGUUCAAGAUCUAGGAAAAAACAUAUCAUGUCCGCUAGCGCUGAAAUUCUGCAUACGGACCCCUCCGUUCUCGAAAUGGUUGCAAGAUGGAAGACGGACGGGGACGCCCCUGACUUGGAAGAGUACGACAAGCCUAUCAGUGACGAAAACUGGCUGGAUCCUGGCCGCGUGGCGCGGCGGUGGUUCUUCUUUCCGAGCGAGAGGAAGCUACGCGGACUGGUGUAUUACUUCCGAAAUACCGAGGGUCCGCGCGCGGUGGUUCACGGUGGCUGCAUUGCGACGGUGUUGGAUGUGGGCAUGGCGCGGUGCGUGAACAAAGUGAGCAACAGCGAGCGGUGCGUCACUGCGAAUUUGAGUGUGAACUACAAGAAGCCCGUGCCGUGUGAGUCGUUCGUGCUGCUCGAAGCACAGUUGGGCGACAUUCCGAAUGUUUCCAGAGAGGAACAAGGGUCGCGCGAGGACCCAGGAAGUGCCGCCACGGAACUGACAUACAAGUACAACACAAACUGCAAAGUAACUUCAUUAGAUGGCACAGUUCUAUUCAAUACUGGCAGCGCGCUUUUUGUGGACUUAGCUGCGCGGGAAAAAAUGCACAGUUCGUCAGGGAAAGGGAUAGCAAGUUGAUCAGAAUGCGGCGAGCCUCAAGAAGUGAAACAGUUCUGAUGUGCUAUGGCUUGUCAAACAU